AUGUUUGUUGGGGCAAUCUUGAGCUUGCUGCUGCUUGAUAUUGGAAACAUUUCUGCAAACCAAUGUUCCCAGAAGAGAUACGACACAAUCAUAAAAGGUGGUCAAUCUUUACCUGAUGACGAGAUAAUAUCAAGACACAAUAUCACGUCUUCGUUUGUCAUGUUCGAGUGUCACAAUCACUGCAAUAACAAACUCGAAUGUGUUGGAUUCAACUACAGAACAACAAAAAAUGUUGAAAAUUGCCAACUGACUAACGUUAUUAGAAAGAAAGAAGAAACGAAAACGGGAGAUUGGAUGUUGAUGCAAGAUGUUGAAGCGGGAAGUUUCAAAGUGUUUUGUGAUAUGAGAACAUCAGGUGGAGGAUGGACUGUAUUUCAACGUCGUCUUGAUGGAAGUGUUGACUUCUACCGAGGAUGGCAAGAUUACAAACACGGUUUUGGUAACUUGAGCGGAGAAUAUUGA